AUGGAAGCUCAAAAAAGGGGAGAAGCGAAAGGAAAGCGCAAGGCCGAGAGUAAUGUGCAACAAUCAAGAGUUGGGCGAGAUGCAUUUUUUAAUUUCAUGAAAAAAGAACGACAUGAAAUGGGGAAAGUGGCCAAUGCAAAGUUGGACAGUAAGGUACAAGAAGAGAUGGUUAAUAAGUGGAGGAAAUUGAACCCUAAAGAAAAGGCAACAUAUGGUUCUGCUUUCGAAGGUUCAAGUGGGCAAGUAAAUAACUCAGCGAAUGAGAUGGGUUUUAUCACUAGAUGCAACCCGGACCGAUUCCAUCGUACGGUGGAAAAAUUGUCGAAUGAGAAGCGGUUAGUAAUUAAUGCUAUUGGGUUCGGUAACAUGUCAUCUUUGUCUUGCACUCGUUUACACCGCCAACUAUGCCAAUUUUUUAUUCAAAUGUUCAAUCCUGGUACGUCAUCUAUAGAACUGCACAAGAAUGUGUUUGGAAUAAGUGUAGUUGACUUUGGGCAUGUUAUGGGUCUUAAGAACACCGGUGAGGAUGUUGAACUCGACUAUCCGGUAGAAGAUGAAAAGUUGGAAAAGUGCGAAAAUGCCGAUGAGGACUUUAAAGUUCGAUUUGUGAUGUUUGCACUUGGCACUAUACUUUGCCCCACAUAUUCACCAUCAGUGACCGGGAACUAUCUAACUUUCUUGACGAUCCCAGGGAAGAUAGAGAGCAAGAACUGGGCCGACCAUGGAUUGAACUUCUUACGUGAAAGUGUGAGGUCAUUCAAAGCGAGGAAAGUUGCAUAUGUCAGAAAGCAAGAUGGGUUUGAUAGUCCUACCGUUCAGGUUGUUUCAAAGCACUGUCCAACGAAUCAAGUGUCCGGAGUAAACCUUGAAAGAAUUGUUCAGGAAGUUGCUAUCAGUUUGGCGCCAGUAAUACAGGCCGAGGUGAAGCGCUCAGUUGAAGGACUUGCUAUCACUUUGGGGCCAAUAAUACAAGUCGAGCUCCAGCGCUUAGUGUUGGAACUCACUGACAAGGUAAUGAGUCAAGUGAGCUCCUUCAUAAAAGACGCAAGACAACAUCUUCAUCCAGGACAUGGAGAUGUAAAUCAAACUAUGGAGGACGGGGCACUGAAAAUACCAGAUGAAGGUGGUGAGAAUGUUGUGACGAAGAAGGGUGAAGAAUGUAGCAAAUUAAAGGAGAAAGGUGCAGUUGAUGUGAACAAUCCUUGGACGCCAUUACCGGAUAGACAGAGUUUCAUUGAACUCGAGUUAAAAAUUGGCAUGAAAAAGGGGAAGUUCACAAAAUCGCCCCGUGAUGAUCAAAGUGGAAUUAAAACACAUCGUACGGCCGAAAGGUGUCCAGAGCUUCAUUGUAAAAAGCCAUGGGUUGACCCGUCAAAUGCAAAAGGAAAGGCUGUGCAAAAGACGACAUCUAAGAUUAAAAUCGGGCCUUUCAAAUUAAAACCUGGGGACUUUGAAGACUCCGAUUUGGAGUUAUUUAGCUAUAUUUUUAGGUCUAGCGACCUUUCAAGAAGUGAUUUCAUGUGCUUGAGGCCCGAAAAGUGGAUUAACGAUGGAGUAAUGAACGUGCAAGUGUAUUAUCUACAAGAAAAGGGCUCAAAGAAUUGGUACUUCCCCAUAUAUAUAUCGGAUAAAGUUAAUGAUACAAGUGAUGGUAAACUUUUUGAAUUGGGUGUCAAACUUAGAAGGGAAAACUCAAACCGGUUCACCGUAGGCCUUAAGACGUGCGAGAGGAUGAAAGUUUUGGACUACAUUUACAAUGAUGAAAUUGUCGAAUAUUUUGAAAAUGGAUGGCAGUUUGCAAAAUUCAACAUUGUGCGAACUGACAAGGCCCGCAGACAACUGAAUGGAUGGGAUUAUGGUAUCUUCGUUAUGAAUUGGCUAGAAGACAUUCAAUGCACAUCACACGGUUCAAAUAAAGAAGUAACCGAUUCCGCUCGAAGAGUAGUCGACAAAGAACUUAACACGUUGCCGAACAUGGUCCCUUAA